CUCAGCCCUGCGUCGCCGUCGAACUCAGCCCUACGUCGCCGUCGAACCCAAGCGUUGCUCAGCCCUGCGUCGCUGUCUUCGCCGGUGUGUGGUGUUCUAGCCUCAUCUCCCCCAUCCCGUUCAAUUCUCGCGCGGCCUGUCACUGAAAGGUUAUAUUCUUGGUCGGCCGGGGGUUCAGCAUUUCCCCGUCGCGUCGUGGUUCCGGUGGUUGCUCGGCGUCGUGGUUCCGGUGGUUUUGCUAUGGUCCAAGACGAGCUUGUUUCUUCAAUUAAAGAUGCAGAGGAAGGACUUUUUCACCUAAAACGUGCCCGGCUGUUACGUGAAGUUGAUUCAGCUGUGCAGGACUCUAUAUAUUCCCAUAAAGACGCUGCGGUCGAGCUUAUAAAUCCAGCAAAGUUGGGUGGUUCCCAACUUCCGUGCGAAGACUUAGAGGUAGAACCAUUAGAUUCUACUAAUGUUGAGGCAGAAAUAUUGGGAGACCCAAGUUAUUUUAUUGGAUCAAAAUGUAGAUUCCGCCACACCGAUGGGCGUUGGUAUAAUGGUCAAAUUGUUCAGUUGGAUGGUUCUUCUUCCGCUAGAGUUUCUUUCCUCAAUCCAACGUCAGAGAAGAUGAUGCAAAAUGUAGACCCCUGAGUUCAAGCUAGUGGGGAUAGGGCAGAAGCAAUGUCAUUAUCAUUCGAGUGACAGAUCGAAGGAGACUGAUCAUAAGACUCUACGAAGGCUUGCUCAGAACUGUGAGGCAGCAAGGAAAAGCCGGUUGAGGAAAAAAGUCUACACUCCGAGGAUUGCGCCUUAUGCGAGGAAUUUGAUGUGGUUCGUGAGCAAUGGGCUAAGUUUUUUACCAGCAAGUAUUUAUUAUUGGCUUUAGCGCGCUUGAUCGAGUUGGUUUAGUUGUUAUAGAAUAAAUUUUAUAUUAAAAUGUAUGUUUAUGUUGAAAUUGGAACAUAUAUUUAAAUGU